AUAUCAGAUGCAAUACGAGAUGGGGCUGAAGGUUUCUUUAGGACCCAGUAUGGGACUAUCUCCAAGAUGGCAUUGUUGCUAGCGCUGGUUAUCCUUUUUAUAUAUUUGUUUCGGAGUACAACUCCUCAACAAGAAUCUUCAGGCAUAGGAAGGUCAACAACUGCAUAUAUCACUGUUGCUGCUUUUCUUUUGGGGGCUGUUUGUUCCGGUAUUGCAGGGUAUGUUGGGAUGUGGGUGUCAGUUCGUGCAAAUGUUCGAGUCUCCAGUGCUGCAAGACGGUCUGCGAGGGAAGCAUUGCAGAUAGCUGUUCGUGCUGGUGGUUUCUCUGCCUUGAUUGUUGUUGGCAUGGCUGUAAUUGGCAUUGCCAUCCUUUACUCCACAUUUUAUGUUUGGUUGGGUGUGGAUGGUGCACCAGGUUCAGUGAAGGUUACAGAUUUGCCUCUUCUCCUUGUGGGUUAUGGUUUUGGAGCUUCUUUUGUUGCCCUGUUUGCUCAGUUGGGAGGUGGAAUUUACACAAAAGCAGCCGAUGUUGGGGCAGACCUUGUUGGUAAAGUAGAGCAAGGAAUACCUGAAGAUGAUCCAAGGAAUCCUGCUGUAAUUGCAGAUCUGGUUGGAGACAAUGUGGGUGAUUGUGCUGCUCGAGGUGCUGAUCUUUUUGAAAGUAUUGCAGCUGAAAUAAUUAGCGCUAUGAUACUUGGGGCAACAAUGGCCCAGCAGUGUAAAAUUGAAGAUCCUUCAGGCUUCAUCUUGUUUCCUCUUGUUGUUCACUCUUUUGACCUGGUAAUUUCUUCAGUUGGAAUACUUUCAAUCAGGGGUACACGGGACUCUGGCUCGAAGUCUCCUAUUGAAGAUCCAAUGUCAAUUCUACAGAAAGGAUAUUCUAUUACAAUAGUGUUAGCUGUUCUGACCUUUGGUUUGUCCACCCGUUGGUUGCUUUAUACUGAACGAGCUCCUUCUGCCUGGUUCAACUUUGCCUUGUGUGGUUUGGUUGGCAUCAUUACGGCAUACCUUUUUGUUUGGAUCACCAAGUACUAUACUGACUACAAGCAUGAGCCUGUACGCACAUUAGCACUUUCAAGCACCACAGGCCACGGGACUAAUAUAAUUGCUGGAGUCAGUUUGGGCCUGGAAUCAACUGCGCUUCCUGUUCUUGUCAUUAGUGUAUCAAUUGUUUCAGCUUUCUGGCUAGGUCGUACAUCUGGGCUAGUGGAUGAAGCUGGAAAUGCAACUGGUGGGCUGUUUGGCACAGCUGUAGCUACAAUGGGAAUGCUCAGCACUGCUGCCUACGUUCUUACCAUGGAUAUGUUUGGUCCAAUAGCGGAUAAUGCUGGUGGAAUAGUAGAAAUGAGUCAGCAGCCAGAAAGUGUCCGAGAGAUCACUGAUCUUCUCGAUGCAGUAGGGAACACCACUAAAGCUACCACCAAAGGAUUUGCCAUUGGUUCUGCAGCACUUGCAUCGUUCCUUCUGUUUAGUGCUUAUAUGGAUGAGGUAGCUGCAUUUUCUCAGGAACCUUUUAAACAGGUUGACAUUGCCAUUCCAGAAGUUUUUGUCGGUGGAUUGUUAGGCUCCAUGCUUAUUUUUCUAUUUAGCGCCUGGGCCUGUGCUGCAGUUGGCCGAACUGCUCAAGAAGUUGUUAAGGAAGUAAGGAGGCAGUUUAUUGAGAGGCCUGGCAUAAUGGACUACACGGAGAAACCAGAUUAUGGCCGUUGUGUUGCCAUUGUAGCAUCUGCAUCUCUGAGGGAGAUGAUAAAACCUGGUGCUUUGGCUAUUGUUUCACCUAUAGCUGUUGGUUUCCUGUUCCGGAUUUUGGGUUACUAUACAGGGCAUCCUCUACUAGGGGCUAAAGUUGUGGCCGCCAUGCUGAUGUUUGCAACAGUGUCUGGAAUUCUUAUGGCUCUUUUCCUGAACACAGCAGGUGGUGCCUGGGAUAACGCAAAGAAGUACAUAGAGACGGGGGCUCUCGGAGGCAAAGGGAGCGAUUGUCAUAAAGCAGCAAUUACAGGAGAUACUGUGGGAGAUCCAUUCAAAGACACCGCCGGACCUUCCCUUCAUGUCCUCAUAAAGAUGCUUGCGACAAUUACGCUUGUAAUGGCUCCAAUCUUUCUGUGACAUUUGUUUAUAUACCUAUUAACUAUUAACUAUUGCAGGCUCACCCCCUUUUUAUGGUCUCAACGGCAUACAGCACCCAUUUCCCUUGAAUACAUAAUAGAUAUUAUGCAAAUAUACGGAUAGGUACUCAUUCAUGUAUAUCAAGGGUGCGUGAGUAAUAGUGAUAACUUCCUCUCUUUUUCUUA